AUGUCGAUCCCCACGGCAUACACGACCGCCGGCACGGCGGCCCUGCCGGCCACCCGGGCACUGGACCGCCUGGCGGCCCUGCUUAGCCUGUGGAUCAUCGGCUUCUGGCGCAUCGAGCGCCAGGUGGUCACGGCUCCGGCGUACCGGCGCUCGACCACCGGGCCGGCCGGCCCCGGGGCCGCCAGCACGCCCGCCGCCGCGCGCGCCGACGACCUGUCCCGGGCCACCCUCAUCUUGGCCAACCACGCGUCGUAUGUGGACGUCCUGCUCCUGGCGCGGGCCUAUGCGCCGGCCUUCUUCCAAGCGGCCUCCGAGCCGACACCCGAUGACCAAAUCGUCGGUCGCCUCAUCACCCCGACGCAGGCGGCUCUGCAUGCCCUGGCCCCGCUGCCACGCCUGAGCCCCAGGCACCCGGAUGCCGUGCCGCUGGCCGGGGUCCUGGCACGGCAGGCGGCCCUCGGCCAGCCGGUGGUCCUCUUCCCGGAGGGCUGCGCGUCGAAUGGGCGCGGCCUGCUGGCCGCCGACCCGGGGCUCACCGGGCCCGGGCUGCUGGCCGCCCUCGAGGGCGAGGGCGCCCCCUCCGGCGGCCCGGCCGGCGCCGGUGGGCCCCUGCUGCCGGUGGGCAUGCUGGCCACGCGGUAUGGCGACUUCGCGCCGGUCGUGUGCGCGGCCACCGACGCCCCGCCCUGCACGGUGACCGGCGAUGAUGCGGGCUAUGCCACCGGCCGGGCCGCCUGGCAUCUCCUUCGGCAUGUGGCCUACGCAUGUUCCUUCCCCCGGCAUGAGGCCACCGUGCGGCUGGCCCCCACGGCCGAUGUGCAUGCCCAGCUGGCCGGGGCCGGUCCGACGGCCGUGCUCGACCGGCUGAUGGACCAGCUGGCCCGCCUGGCCGGCCAGCGUCGGGUUCGCCUGGGCCUGCACUCGCGGCAGGUGUGCGCCGCGUAUGCGGCCGACCCGCGCUCCGUGCCGGCCGCCGCCCUCGGCAACAUCCGCGCCGUGGAGGAAAUGCAGCGCGCCCGCCAGCAGACCGCCCCUGGCGAGGGCGACGCCGGCCUCCGCGACUCCGGCAGCCAGGAGCCCGGCGGUGCGGCUGCCGCCACCCUGGCCGACGACGCUGGCUCCCCCUCGACCGCCAGCCAGCUGAACCGCCUCCGCCAGCUGCGUGGUCGCCGGUCCUGA